UUAUUUAAACGUCAUAACGGUUCUUCGAGGUGAUUUGACGUACGCAAUUAAAUAAAAAAAUACAAAAGCAUAAUAAAAAUGCGUCCGGAUAAUAAAAGUGAGUCAUUCACGUUCCACAAGAACGUUUUUUCAUCAAACGGUCACUCGAAAUUAAACUGUAGAAAGAAAUUGCAAGAUAAAUUCGAGAAAGAUCCGGAAAUGGGAUCGAAAAGUGGCGAUAAAAGUGUUUUAUCCGUUCUCACCUUGAACGAUACUCGAAAGGUGUUAAGAACGAGUGCCGAAAAGAUUUCGAAAACGUUUAGUAACGUUCGGAUUAGUAUUGGAAACUUUUCUCAAAGGUUUAAAAGUUCUACGAGGCGUAGACAAAUUUUGGAGGAGGGUCCGAUGACUCCGAAUUGUUCCACUCCUAGGGUUAGGUCGAUUUUGGGGAGGACUCCGACUAAGUUGUAUAGCCCGUUUGGAAUUGAAACUCCAAAAACCGGAGAUGUAAAUUUAGGAGAUAAAGAAAAUGUUAAUCCGAAAAAAAUUGAUUGGCCUAGAAAAAAAGGAAUUCUCGAUGAUUGCUAAAAUCAUUUUAUUGAUAUUAUAACUCACAAUUUUGUACUUUUAUAAGAAUGAAAGGGAUCUUUUUUUGUAAUUUUAAUUGACACAUCAUCUUUUUUAUUAUUAUUUAUUUAUUUAGGGUAGCUAUUUUCUGUUCUUUUAUUACUUUUAUUAAUACACUAAAUAAAAUAAUU